CCGGCUCCAGCCCCCGGCUCCUCGACGCGUUUCCCCUUGUCCGUGCAUCUUCUGCAUCUUCCUGGCCCGGCUGCUUUUCGUAGUGCCUGUAUUUUGGGCCCCUUUUCCUUCCUAUCCCGAUUUACAGCCGGGGACUGGAGCAGAUGAAGCUUAAAAUAAGUCAGAAGGGACAAAGAAGAUCCAAUUCAUCACCAUUGUUUCAGAGGAGUUUUAAGAUCUCAGGCAGGCGCAACUGGAAUGCAGCAAGGGACUUGCAGAGAUACAGGCAUCGUUACCCGGGUUUGAUAGAAUCAGAAACUGACGAGGAAGAAGAUAUGUGGAACUUGAGCUUCUACAAAAAUGAGAUUGCUUUUAUGCCCCACGGUUUGCAUAUUGAAGAUCUGCUUGAAUCUUGGUGGGACAACUAUGAGGUUCUGGAAGAAAACCAUUCCUACAUACAGUGGCUAUUUCCUUUACGUGAACAUGGGAUGAAUUUUCGUGCGAAGCCACUCACAUGUCAAGAAAUUGAGGCCUUGAAGAAGUCAGAGGAAGUUAUGGAAAGGUUUAUACGUGCUUAUCAACUCAUGUUGAGAUUUUAUGGAAUAAUUUUAGUGAACCAGGAAACUGGAGAACUCAAGAGAGCAGAGAAUUGGGCUGAAAGAUUUCUCAACUUGAACCGGUUUAGCCACAACAAUUUACGGAUUACUCGCAUCCUGAAGUGCCUGGGGGAGUUGGGAUAUGAACACUAUCAAGUGCACUUGGUUAAGUUUUUCCUAACAGAAACUCUUGUUAAUGAGACAUUACCAAAUGUCAAGAGAAGUGCCUUGGACUACUUCCUGUUCACCAUCAGAAGCAAACGGAAGAGAAGAGAACUAGUCCACUAUGCUUGGCAGCACUACAAACCUCAAGGCAGCUUUGUGUGGGGGCCCCAUGACAAACUCUUGAAGUACAGACCCCGCUCCACCAAGUCGAAGUUGCACCAAAAGGCUGAAAAUGAACAGAAAACUCCUGGUAAAAAGAUUGAUGAUUCAGUGGAAGAGGGUCAGAGCCAGUCUCUGGGGGAGAAACGGAAGGCUGGAGAUGCUGCCGACUUGCAAACUGAAGCAAAUGAAGAGGACACGAUGGAGAAGAUAAGUAAAUGUGUUUCAAAAGGUGGGGAGGAUGAGGAUGAGAAAAAAACUCCAUUUGCCGAGCAGGAAAAGGAUUGCAACAGUGAGGCUGAAUUGCAGGAUGCAACAGAGAAUGACUGUGCAAAGGAGAGCAAGAAGAGAAAACUGGAUGCAAAUUUGGCAGACGACAUAAAGAGUGGGCAGCUGAAAAGCCCUUCUGAUAUUGAAAGAAUCUCCAGUAAUCUGGAAGAAUGUGCAAUUGAUGCAGAAAUCCCCUUGGAUCCACUCUUACAAUCAGAACAGGACCAAGAAACACCAAAAGAAGAAAAUACAAACCCCAAAGACUUAACAGUGCCAGAGGCUGGUGAUGCUGCUGUAAAAAGGAGGAAAGUUGAUAAAAGAACACAAAGAAAUAAAACAUUCAACUUGGCCAUAAAUCUGAACAUGGCCCCACCUGCUCACAGUGCCCAGUCACAUCCAUCUGUUUCAAAUGCUAAAACUGAAGAUGAAAAAGUCGGUGAGAAAAAGGCAGCUGUGGAGGAGAUGAGUGAGAAGGCUGAGGGCAGUGCAAAUGGUGGGGCUCUGAACUCCUCGGCUGCCUCCGUGCUUCCCAGCACUGCUCAGACUUCUCCAGUGAGCGAUGGCUUGGAGUCGAGUGCAGAUCAAGUCACAGCAAAGAGUGAUGAGCACCCCUGCAACACCACCCCCCUGGAAGGCAACAGUGAGGCAGGUGGGGAAGAACAGCAUAAAAACACAGCAAAUGCGAGUGAAAAAGAAGGUGCAAAAGCCACAGGCAGCAAACAAAUUCCAGGGAGUCCUGAGCAGAGCGUUGCAUCCUCUUGUGCUGAACAAGGCAGUACUGAGGUUGCAAUACAAAGAACGGAUAGCUCUGAGCGUGUGGCAGAGCCUGGUGAAGAGCACAUAGCAACAGUGUGAGAGCAGCACGGUGAGCACUCGACCAGGCAGAGGUGUGCUGCCCUAGCUGCUGAGAGCCAACUUCUGUGAGCUGUACACUAUGGAGAAAAUAAACGUUGACUGGACUGA